AUGAAGGCGAUGCUCGAGGGGUUGGAGUACGCGCCGGAAGAUAACGCGGCGGCGACGACGGCGGCGACGGCGGAAACCGUCGGAUACGCGUUCUCGAGCGAUCACCUGCGCGCGCUCGAGCGCGAUGGGUACGUCGUCGUGGAUGAUUUGAUAUCGCAAGACGUCGCGCGGGCCGCCGCGGCGUCGGCGCGGGCGAUGUACGAUCGCGGGGUGAUGCAGAAUUUGCGACAAGAGGGCAGGGACGACGACGUCGCCGUGUUGGCGACGUCGAGCCUUCCGGCCGGGGACGAGUUCGCCGGCCUGCGGCCUUGCGUCGAGGCGUUGCUGCGCGUUCCGGACGAUCUUCGACGCGUCGUCGCGCGCGUCGACGACGACGCGCUCGGUGCGGACGUCGUAUCAAAAGUUCGCGCGUGUCGAGCCCCCGACCGCCUGAUGCUCGCUCGAUACGGCUCCGAGAGCUGUCGAUACGUCCCGCAUCUCGACAACGACCCCUCCGACGACGCGAACGACGCCGGAUCGCCCGGUUUACGACCAUCGGACAGAGUGUUCACCCUGAUCGCGUAUUUGAACCCCGAUUGGGACGCGACGCGCGGCGGUCGCUUUCGAGCCUAUCGCCCCGGCGUCGCCGCCGACGCCGCCUCGCCGUCUGAUUUCGUCGACAUCGACCCGAUUCUCGGCCGCGUCGUCGUCUUCGACGCCGCCAAGCUCUUGCACGAGGUUCGUCCGAGUUUUCACGACCGUUACGCCGUCACCGUGUGGACGCGCGGCGCAGAGCUUUUGCCCGCGUAG